AGUACAGGGCACGAACAAUAACAAAGGAAUGCCUUUGUCGCAGUUCAUUUGAAUAGCUUGUGUGUUGACUUGGGACUCAUUUUUGAAGACUUGUAACUGACUUGUGAUCAAUCACACGUCCCUAGACUACCACACCAAUUCCAGGGAUUCUAAUUCAUGUACUCACUAAGUGUUCAUAAAACCAACAUAUCGCGUACCAUAUCCACUCCACCUUGGAAAAUAUGUACAGCCAAAUAUGAAAAAAAAUACAUAUUGAUAUUUGAUGUAUUAAUUUGCAACUAAAGAGACACUUACUUUUGGUCCAAAUUUAAGAUACCUUAAUUCAUUGCAUUUAUUUGUUCAUUGAUUAUUACAUGUAUUUUGUAAUAUCAGAGUAAGAGGUUGACAAAUUUUCAAGCACUACUGUAAACUUAAGCCAUCGCAAUCUUUAGCAGCAACAAAAAUGACACUACAAAUUUAGAAAGGGAGAAAUUCAUUGGUAUGAAUUUAAAGUCAUAGGACUCAAAGACUCCCAUGUAAAAGUUGUUGCCAAUUCAUCUGCACCCGCAGAGAAAAGCUCAAAAUCAGUUUAGCAAAACUAGAAUCAUACAUGUACUUGAUUCUGUAUACAGAACACUACUUGAUAUCACAUUCAUCGGCGAUAAUUUAAAGGUUCCCUUUUCGUAUUGGGUGCACAUGCCCAUCUUGUCCCCAACACAUGCCAAGCAUAUGCCUAUCAUGUGAUCAUACCCCACGAUGGUACUGGGCUGCAAAAACCUGGAAGUGUACCAAGUUUAUACUUCUAAUGCCCCUAAUGCAGACUGCUCCAGUUUAGUCAGGGUCGCUUCUUUUGUUGCACAAUGGGGCUCAGACAAAUCCUCUUAGACUAUUGUUGCUUUUUGUUCUCUGUUCGGGUUCUGACGUAAAUACAGAUUACAAAACUAAUAGGGUUAUUUCCCAGUGAGGCUCAGCACAAAAGGAAGUAUAGCCAAGUAAAGCAAUACAUGCACGUGAUGACCUCCUCAUACAAUGGCUACAUCUGUUAUAUAAGCAGCGCGCAAACUGCAGGCUAGAAGUUUCAGUUUUGAUUGACUGCUGAACACUACACUUCAAUCUGUGUACACAUAUGUACAUGUAGACCUGAUUCAAAACUGGAUAAGAACUCAUGUAGCUAUCAAAUUUGAUUCAUGCACAUUUACCGGUACGUGUAUGGGGAUGAUACACAAACAGCAAUCACUGAAGUUUAUGUAAAUGCAGUAAGGUUGCAGUCUUUAAUGCGGCACGUAAUUUAGUGCUGACUGUUAAAAGGCACAUGCAAAAAGAUUUGUCAACUUUCUUUGACACUAUGGCAUCAGCUAGUGAUAAGAGAGUCUUUGACAUGAUUGAACUGAAACGUGCAUUACUGGAGUGCCCUGUAUGUAUUGACACUACUAGAGCCGGGCAGGAUUUGGAGCUUAAGCUCUUAGAGUGCCAUCACACUGUGUGCAAGGGUUGUCUGGAUCAACUCAUUGACGGCAAGACUGACUUCCACUGUCCACUGUGCUGUCGCCCAAUGAGAGUUCCAGCCCAAGGUGUAGAUGGCAUCCAGAACAACUUUUACGCCCAGCAGAUCCGGGACUAUGCCAACAGCUGCAAACCUAAGGAUGAUGUGGGCGACGCCGCAUUGAAGGAGAGGGUGAAAUGCGGACGGUGUAAGGACGAGAUCAGGAAGGUCCUACAUCAGUGCGUCUCCUGCGGGUAUCUCUGCAGCACCUGCACUUGGCAGCACCGAGACAGCAAGGAUCUACGACAUCACACCAUCUUCAUCCAGGGUAGGAGUUCCCAGACAAAAAAAACGACAUCCAAUUUCUGUGGCACUCAUGACCUCUGCCGACUGGACUUCUACUGCCGGACAUGCCGAGUGGCCCUCUGCAAGCUCUGCAAGGAGUUCCAUGACACUGGUCCACUCCACUCAGUCAGGGACGUCUGCAAGGAGGCUCAGGAGACCUGGGAUGAGACGGAUAGUCUCCUGGAUGUGGUCAUCAACCGUCAAUCACUUGCAUUCGAGGUGUUUCGCAAAGUCCGCUGUGAGGAAGAACGCGUUGCCACCGAGAGCCGCGAGGCAAAGGAAAAGCUCAAGGCUUUCAUCCGAGAAUGCCACAACGUCUUAAGCAGACGAGAGAUGGAGCUGAUAGGGUCCAUAGAUCAUCGCUCCAAGCAGAUGUCCAAGUGCCUCAAGUACUCCAAGGAGCGAGCUCAAGACCUGCUGGCUAAGAUCGGCAGCAGUAUGGACUAUGCUGACCAGAUAAAAGAAGAGCGCGAUCCACUCUCAGUUAUCAGAGCAGCCGCUGCCUUGAAGCCGGCCUUGCUGGACAUAGAAAAAACCUUGCUGGAUGCAGACAUUGAGCAUGACGACAGCUUUUUGUCGGUGACCGAUGGUGACCUGCAGUUUGACGUCGCCGCCUUUGAGCAUAUGGUGUCCCUCCUUGGUAAGAGCUGCGAGAAAUCUCAAGCUGAAGAUGCAGCUGCACAACAACAGUUUGACGAACUGUAACGAUGCUGCAAUGUUGGAUGCUCUGGGCCAACUUUGUGGCGCCACUAAGCACAGAACAUUUUGCUUAGCACAUAUACAUGUUACCAGCCAAAGAGUCGUGCAUGCAUUUUGCCUGUAACUGGUUCUUGGGUGAGAUUAGAUGAGCACAUAAAUUUGCUAUGCAUUAUUUUCUGCCAAGUGGCUCCAUUAAAUUGGGCCCAGCUGUCUUAUUUUAGUAAAACGUUUAGCAGAUCUUAGAGUAAUGAGGCAGCAACACAAAGGCAUUUUGCAACUAAAACAAUGCAGAAAUGCAAGGGCGGUACCAUAUAUAAUCCAACAUUUUUCUAUUUUUGUAUAUAGUAAGUAUGUAUUUGGCGUCCAGCGCAUAAAAAUCCUGACUGUAAUGGAGACGGUAUUCCUGUGCAUAAAUUAAGAGUUAUUUGUGUUUGCACGUUAUGUGGAUUAGCAUUUAUUUUGUUCAGUAUAAAUAUUUCUUGGUGGCAAGUGGUACAGGUGGUUUGGGGUUGGUGAAUACGGGUAUUAUGCUUAGGGCAGAAAAAUCAUAAGAUACACACUGCACUGGUGGCUGGAUUAAUUGAUCACUUAUUUAUUAAGAAGUUUGUUAAUAAUUUUUUGAAUCAUGCUUUUACUACUAGUAUUUCUGAUUACAUUUAUUAAUCUCACAUGUGUAAAUAACUCCACGAGUGGCUUGCUAUAUUUAUGUUACAAUGAUUCACAUUUUAAAUACCUCUUUUCCGUAAAUACUAAAUUAUGUGUAAAUGUAAAAUCUUAGUAUUCCAGUUCCACAACAUUCAUUCUGACUUUACUGAGUGUAUAAUGCAUAACAUGUCUAAUUUUGCGGGAAAAUAUUUAAAAGACUCAUCGAUUGUUUUUGUUACUAUUAUACCUUUCACGUAGAAUUUGCCGAGUACUUUCCGUUUUGAGGAACUAUCCGGAUAUUCAAGAUUUGGGUGAUAUUUUCUGUUUGUUCAGCUUUUGAAGACUCUCUGUGAAAAGAACAAACAAAUUGAAAUCAAGUCUUAAAUCAAAGCAGAUUAAGUGUUCUGUUGGGAAAAGAUGCAACAGGAUUUUAUUUCAUUUUACUGUUGUAUUACAUUCAAUAAAUUCAUGCUUUUGCUUUGUUGAUUAAAUA